GGCGCCAAAUUCAAUUCGAUAGCAACAACGGGCAAUCGAUUGUCUAGUCUUGGUCCGACCACUCACCUUCAAAACAAAAACAAACAAUAAAUGUUUUCAAGUCAGCGGCAUUUAAAAAGAAGAACGCCGGCCCAGGGCAUAGAUAGGCGAGAGUAUAUUGGCCAUCUGGUUGAUGAAUAUUACACAACAACAAACGUGGAAGCCCAAGAACAAGUCACUGCCAAUUUAGCAAACUUCGCCUACGAUCCAAUCAAUUGGCCCCAUUUGCAUGCAGCCGAUGCUUUAGAUGUAUUUGUAGCAUCGUUGGAAACUCCCAAUCAAAAUUUGCAGCUUCACGGGAUCGCUGCUCUAUGCAAUAUUUGCUUGGAUAACAAGGUGUCCGAGUUUCUUAGAGAUCAACUUGACAUAGUAAUUGGCUUGUUUCUUCGCACAGACCACACGGAAAUCGUGAUUCAUAGCCUGGCACUCUUCUACCAGUUACUUAAUGCCGGAUUGGUCGAAAAGACGCAACUGUUGACGCCAGCAGUACUUAAGUGUGUUCAAGAGUGGCGUUUAAAAUCUCAGGACAAACGUCAAAUAAUCCGACGUCUGAUUCACCACCUGCAACAGGUUCAAGUCGUUAAGCGAUUCACUCAAAAAGACCUGGAAGAGUUUGCAAAAUUCACAGGUGACUACAAUUAUAUACACAGCAAGGAUGUUCCCGUGGAGCAACGACGCGUUCAUGGGGCUUUACUCAACGCAGUAGUUGCUGGAAUUAUAGGUUCCAAGUUACCCGGACCAGGAACAGUUGUGUUGGAACAGUCCUUUAAAUUUCUAAAGCCCUGUCGCAUUGAGCAGGAAACUGUAGUCACUGUCAGAUUGAUUAAUGCACGGAAAAUCUCCACCGUCGAAUAUGAUUGUCGGCAAAAUGAUGAAGUGGUGUUUGCAGGUAAUGCUAAAUUGUUGACGCAAUCCCAAUCUUCGAAAACAAACGAGUCUUGAAUAAAAAUGUUGUUUAUUAUUGCCUA